AGAUGAGAGGCCCCGUAGCAAGUAGAAAAGGAAUGCCGUUCCAGUGCAGGGGACGAGAGUGCGGCACGCGUUCGCAACACACGCCGUGGCUACCUUCAUCGACGUAGCCCAAUCGGGCGGCACGUAUUCCGAAAUUAAUCGGCAGAGAGAGUAAUUCCUACCGGUCUCUGGGACCGACGAGCCCUUCGUCGCAGUGUUUUCGUUGUUGGAUUUUGUUGGGUGUAGGGAAUUAUUAAGUUGUGGCGAUGGCGGGGGCGCGCGGAAUGCUUCGCAAGGCCGUUGUGAGUGUGCGGGGAUCGAACAACGCGAUUCCGGCAUGGAGCCAAGCUAUGAGCGAGAAGGCGACCUCGGGGUCUCAAGCGACAGCUCCACCACCGCCUCCUCCACCACCGCCUGCCGAGAAAACACACUUCGGGGGGUUGAAGGAUGAGGACCGGAUCUUCACGAAUUUGUAUGGGUUGCACGAUCCGUUCCUGGCAGGUGCGAAGAAGCGCGGGGAUUGGUACAGGACCAAGGAUUUGGUGCACAAGGGGACGGACUGGAUCGUGAACGAGGUUAAAAAGUCGGGUCUGCGAGGGCGGGGCGGUGCGGGUUUUCCUUCGGGGUUGAAGUGGUCCUUCAUGCCCAAGGUUUCCGAUGGUCGUCCUUCAUAUUUGGUGGUCAAUGCGGACGAGAGUGAGCCUGGUACUUGUAAGGACAGGGAAAUCAUGAGGCACGAUCCGCACAAACUUCUUGAGGGUUGCUUGAUUGCGGGAGUGGGGAUGCGUGCUCGUGCUGCUUAUAUUUAUAUCCGAGGAGAGUAUGUCAACGAGAGGCUGAAUUUGCAGAAGGCCUUGCAUGAAUGUUACAAGGAAGGUCUUCUCGGGAAGAACGCUUGUAGUACAGGGUACGACUUUGAUGUCUACAUUCAUUAUGGAGCCGGUGCAUAUAUUUGUGGAGAAGAGACUGCGCUUCUAGAGAGUCUUGAGGGAAAGCAAGGGAAACCGCGACUGAAACCUCCCUUUCCUGCAAAUGCUGGUCUAUAUGGCUGUCCCACCACUGUUACCAACGUGGAAACUGUAGCUGUGUCUCCAACCAUUCUACGGAGGGGACCCGAAUGGUUUUCGAGUUUUGGACGGAAGAACAACUCAGGGACAAAGUUGUUUUGUGUCUCGGGGCACGUGAAUAAGCCAUGCACUGUGGAAGAGGAAAUGAGCAUUCCAUUGAAGGAGCUAAUUGAGCGACAUUGUGGAGGAGUGCGAGGAGGAUGGGAUAACCUUUUGGCCAUCAUUCCAGGAGGAUCUUCUGUGCCUCUUCUUCCCAAGCAUAUCUGUGAUGACGUGCUUAUGGAUUUUGAUGCUUUGAAGGCUGUUACAUCAGGUCUUGGCACUGCUGCUGUGAUUGUGAUGGACAAGUCUACUGAUGUUGUGGAUGCAAUUGCUCGCUUAUCGUACUUCUACAAGCACGAAAGUUGCGGGCAGUGCACACCUUGCCGAGAGGGUUCUCCUUGGCUGUGGACAAUGAUGGAGAGACUGAAGGUCGGGAACGCCAAGUUGGAAGAGAUCGACAUGUUGCAGGAAGUUACCAAGCAGAUUGAGGGCCACACUAUCUGCGCUUUAGGGGAUGCCGCAGCAUGGCCCGUCCAGGGUUUGAUCAGACACUUUAGACCAGAGCUUGAACGCCGGAUAUUGGAACGAGCAGCAAGGGAGAACGACGAGUUGAGGGCAGCUAACUGUUGAAGGAUGGGAAUCACAGAUCUAAUGAUUUCAUGGAACUGGGUAGAUCAAAAGAGGCAGACAUGGUCUUUGAGAAGUUGAUUUACGUCGAAUGAAGUUUGUCUGGAGGAACCCUCAUCACACUGAUGAAUAAAUCUGCUUCCUCCCGGAGCCUUCAGUAGUGACCAACCAUUCCAAGUUAAUAACACUGGCAGUUCACCCCCGAUUUCUCGGGAUUUUUUCUUUCUAAUAACUUAAGUCGAUAAUUUCUCCCAAA